AGGGAUGGGGUAUGGCGGUGGUGGUGCUGCUGGUGGCGCUGGCGGUGCUGGCAUGGGAAGGCCUGUUCCUCUGGGGCCGAAGAGAAUUACUGUGUUUCCCUUUCCCCCAUGGGAGCUCAAGCCGCAAAGAGUUGGCCAACUCAUGCCACUCCCGCCCUCCAUCCCUGAUCUCCUAGCAACUGCCUCCAACAUCUUUGGUGCGCCGUUUGCUGGUUUGGUUGGGAGCGAUUCGGGGGUUGUAACUGCAAUUGAGUUGAUCCGAGACGGGGAUAAGUUAUUCCUAUUGAAGGCGAAUGAGUUGCACGGUGGUGGUACACUUUCAACUAUUCAAAGUGGAAGUGCUCAGUCAGGUGGGCAGUAGAGGUUUAUGCAUGUUGUUGGGCUGAGAAAAGCCCUUAGGAUCUUUUGCGCAGGUGUCCUUGUCUGCUGCUGCUGGUCGAAGUGUGACAUGAAGCUGAAGAAUCUCUCCAUGAGAUUCGGGUCCACACUUGAAGAGGGAGACGGAGUCACCAUCUCUGGUACUCUUCCCGUUGUUUCUUGAGUAGUCCCGGUCUCUGUCUGCAGUCCUGAGGUGUGCAGACCAGAGUUGCCGUGUUGAGUUUCUUGGGCGCUUGGUGAGCCCGUAGAGACUUUCUUGCCCUUGUUGUCCAUGUCUUGUAAUCAAUGGAGUUGUUGAAUCAAGUUGAGUUGCUGGUUGUUGAUGGAGUGUAGUUGCUGGGAGUGUCCUUGUCUGCUGCUGCUGGUCGAAGUGUGACAUGAAGCUGAAGAAUCUCUCCAUGAGAUUCGGGUCCACACUUGAAGAGGGAGACGGAGUCACCAUCUCUGGUACUCUUCCCGUUGUUUCUUGAGUAGUCCCGGUCUCUGUCUGCAGUCCUGAGGUGUGCAGACCAGAGUUGCCGUGUUGAGUUUCUUGGGCGCUUGGUGAGCCCGUAGAGACUUUCUUGCCCUUGUUGUCCAUGUCUUGUAAUCAAUGGAGUUGUUGAAUCAAGUUGAGUUGCUGGUUGUUGAUGGAGUGUAGUUGCUGGGAGUUUUGGUCUCUGACCAGCUCUCAUACCAUGUUGGGCUGAGAAAAGCCCUUAGGAUCUUUUGCAGAGACUAAGUCCCAGCUGUAGAGACUUGAGACUUUGAGUAGUGCAGCGGAAGUUGAGACAGUUGAA